AUGGACGCGUGGGUGGUGGGCGCGCGGGCGCGUCUGCGGAAGCCCAAGUUCACGCCGGACCAGGUCCGGGUGCUGAUGGAGCGCGUGGUGGCGCGCAGGACCCAGCUGUACGGCCAGAACAUCAGCCAGGUGUCGGUGCGCAAGCGCAUCUGGCAGGAGGUGACGCAGGCGGUGAACCGCAUCAGCCACACGCAGCGCAGCGUGAGCGAGGUGCAGAAGCGCUGGCAGGACGAGCGGCGCAGGAUCCGGCACCGCGCGCACGACCUGUGGAGGGCGCUGGCCGAGACGGGCGUGCCCAUGGGCCACCUCAGCCCGCUGGAGGAGGCCGUGCUGUCCACCCUGGACGAGCCGCUGGAGGCCGGGCCGGGGACAGGGGUCGGGCUAGGGGCGGCCCCGCCCCCUCAACCAGCCGUCCCCCAGCAGUGCCUGCAGGAGGACCUGCCCGCGCCCCAGCAGCAGUGCCCCGCCCCCGCCCGACCCACCUCCAUGCCAGUGGUCUGUCUGCAGGACAUCAAGCUGGAGCCCGAGUCGGCGAGCCCAUCAGGGGGCGGUAGCGAGCCUCAGGACUGGAAAUUUGAGUGGACAGUGGAAGAGGUGUCCGGGGCGUCCCUGCAGCCUAACUCCGCACCCUCGUCUCCCGAAGUGCCGCCGCCCAUCCCCCAGCAGCCCCCGCCUGACACCAUGGCGCUUCACGCCUCGGCAGCCAAUCAGACGAGGCCCGGGGUGCGCUCGGCGUGCAGCGUCGCCAGGGGGAGGAGCCUGCGGCGGCGGCGACGGCAGGGUCUGGACAGAGCGAGCUGCGCAGGCCUGACUGCGUGUCUGCGCAGGGCGGCGUCCGGCACCGCCGGGCUGCGGCACGAGCUGCGCUCGCUCUCAGACAACGUGCUGGGACUCCGCGCCGAGCUGCGCGCCCUCGUGGGCGCGGUGUCCGCCAUCGCCACCGCCCUGCAGGGUCGCCACGGAGACCAGAGCGCCGAGCGCCGUUCUGCCACGCCACCGAGGCAGUAG